GCUUCUGCCAGAUGAAACGCUGUAGGAGGAAAGAAGCGCACGCAGGCGUGAAUCCGAUGGGUCAGUCUCAGCGAGUGGAUCGCAUCUGCAGCUAGGGCUCACGGACUUAGUGAGUUCCCGCUGCGGGUUUCACACCUGACACAGCUCACUUACUCGGACAUUUUCUUAUUUAUAUUCCUCCUACUCUAACAGCAGAAUCCAAAAGAUUUGCAAAGACACAAUAAUGACAACCGAGUUCAGUGCAGACUAAAGACUGCAUCACUCUGCCCUGCAUCCGACGGCUGACCUUCCUCGAAAGAUGCAAACAAGACACAGAAUGUAUUGCGUGUUCGUAGCAGUGUUGCUUGGAGCGGUUGGGACCCUGGCCAAUAAGGGAGCAUGUCCAUCAAACCAGUAUACACACAGUGGCGAAUGCUGCAAGCAGUGUCAGCCUGGCGAGGGUGUCGUCCAACCCUGUGGGGCCCAGCAGACUGUCUGUGAGCCGUGCCUCGAUAGUGAAACCUUCUCAGAAAGCAUAAGCCACACGGAGGAAUGUCAGCCCUGCACGCAGUGCUCCGGUCUAUUGCGCAUGCAUACUCCCUGCACUGACUCCGCUGACGCCAUUUGCACGUGCAACUAUGGUUUCUACCUGGACGAAACCUCACAGAAUUGUCUACCCUGCACUAAGUGUCCUGAAGGUCAGGGAAUGCUGUACAGCUGUGAGGCUGACCGUGACACAAAGUGUGAGAAUUGCACUGGGGACACCUACUCGGACCAGGAAAGCUUUUGGGAGCCUUGUAUUCCUUGCACUACUUGUGAUGAGCUGGAGGAGUUAGAGUCGUGCACCCCUUUCAGCGAUACGAUUUGCCAAGGUCCAUCCACCACAGGGUCUCUAUUUACUUUCCCCCCAAUUACCAGUGAUUACUUCAUAACAUAUGAAUCCAUACCAGAGGUCCCCACAGACAGCAGCAGCAGCACCACCACCACCACCGCUAGUAGUGAUUCCCAGCAGCGGUUUUACAAGGGUCUGAAUGAUAAACUCAUCCCCAUCUACUGCUCCAUCCUGGCAGCUGUUGUUGUUGGAUUAGUGGCCUUCAUCAUCUUCAAGAGGUGGAACAGCUGCAAGCAGAAUAAGCAAGGAGCCAACAACUGCACCCCCAACCAGAACCAGACCCCGUCACCCGAAGGGGAGAAGCUACACAGUGACAGCGGCAUUUCUGUGGACAGCCAGAGUCUGCAGGAGCAGCAGGGCCAGAAUCAGCCACAAACAGUCGUCAACAUCGAUGAAGAGCCUUGUUUGCUUCUUCCUCUCCACACCAGAGAGAAAGUGGAGAAGCUGCUGUUUAGGGCUGCGGACGGAGAAGACUGCGACCACAUGCACGACAGCGACUGGAGCAGCUUGGCGGCUCUUCUCGGAUACGAGGAGGAGCGGAUCGCGACUUUCCAGCAGGAAGAGCAUCCGGUCUGCGCCCUCCUGUCUGACUGGGCGAGAAAGGACUGCGCCAGCAUGGAAGCGCUGUGCACGGCGCUGCGCAAGAUCAAUCGUGAAGACAUCGCUCAGAGCCUGGUGCUCAGCCCAAGUGCCGCAAAAACAACAGCCACUUCUGUAGUGUGAUUUUUGUUUAUUUUUAAAGCUCAACAGUGAUUUCACAUGUUAACACCUGAACCUUAAAAUAUUCCUCUGUGGCCUCCUAUUCCUCUAUGCUAUAUUCACUUAUGAAGCUACCAAUCACAGUGAUGAUCCAGUGCCGUGAAUCCUGAACAAUCAUGUCAAAUUAAGGGAUAAUACAGGGAAUCAGACAAACACUGACAGAUAGAUAUCGCUAUAUGAAACCAAAUCCGCAUUUAUCCACAAAAUAUACAGCAAAUUUGCAAAGAAAGAAGCUUUACAAACAAAUGUCUAUAAUUACUCCACUUGCAGCCUGGAUAUCUACCUGCCUGAAGUUAAGGUAUUUUUUAAAUCUUGACUCUUAGUCUUUCUCCAGUUUGGUCCUCUGCAUCUUUAAUAUUAUCUUCAUCCAGCCAUUGCUACCCUUUAAUAAGUCUGUGUUGUCCUUUCCCAUCUCUGCUACCAAAGAGAAGUACAUUUUGCUCAGACACUAACUCACAAGUUAUAUUGUUUUAAUGCCAUGUUUAAGUAGACUGUUUAAAUUUAAGUUGACAAAUGGCUUGAACCUGUUACUGCUACUGGACGAGGCCUGCAUACCACUGAAUGUCUGGAUCUUUGCAAAUGUGACAACCUGAGGAAGUGAUGCUUGGAUACAUUUCAAAUGAACUGGUUCUCUUUCAAAAAAAAAGGAAGGAAAAAAAAACGUUUACCGUCCUUUCAAAUAUUUGUAUUAGAUCUAAGAGAUGGAGCAGUAGCAUUUAUCUCAGUGUCAGCUUCAUCUUAAGUGGCUUCUGGACUCCUCUUCUUUUUUCCCCCAGCAAGUGCUAAAACAACCGCCUGGACUUUGCCAGCCAGGUGGACUGUGGGGCCAGGUCACUGACGGAGGCAACGUGACUCCAGCCUGUGUGCUCAGACCUAUCUACAUAACACAGAAACUCAGAGACUUCAUGCUGACCCAGAAAAGGGAAAGACGUGGAAUUCAAAACUCAUGUAACAACCAUGUAUACAAUAUGUAGAUAUGCAGGCAAAUGCACAUGCCAGAUAUAGACAUACUUGAAAUAGAUACCCAAAUACAGUAUCUAGGUUUGCAUGCAUGUAGUGUACAUAAACACACACAUAUACACACACAAACGCAUACACAGUUAGCUCAUGUAUGCAUUUCCAUUCUUAUUCAUAGUACAGGACACAGAAAUGAUCAGAUCCUGCCAUAUGUGGUGUGGAACAGUGUCACAAAGGGACCAUAUACUGUUUGUUGUCAUUAAUAGUAGCCAAUACUAGAUAUCUGUGUGCCUAAUUAUGUUAACAAUUAUAUGAUUUGUAAUUUACGCUGUAGAUAGUGAAAUACUACAUUAACAGUAAACAGCAUGCACAAAGUAGCAACUCAUUGUCAGCCAGUUAUCUGGUAAAUAAACUGCUGUAAAUGAUCAGGAAGCAAACGAAAAAUGACAGGAUUUUCAAUUUUUUUUCUUAAUUUCUCAGGGUGUCUCAUUUGACUGUGAUAUUACAUGAGUAUUUGAUUUGUUAUAGCACCCUACAACUAACAAAAACACAAAGGAGGCUGUGUUUAUCCAGAGUAAUGAUUCUCGCGACUGACAGUCCUUCAAACAGACUAAUAAGACAGAGAAAGAAAAAAAGAAGAGGGGUGUCUAGUUUCUUCUUUGUUUGGGAACAAUGACCUCCGGAUAAAAGGCAAGUCAGUGGAGACACAAGUUGAAGGAUGUGGGAUGAAUUCAGACAAGGGCAAGUGGAAAAGUUUUGGAUUACUUAAAUGUAAAGGGGAAACCCAGGAAUCGGCAGUUGCAUUAAUUAGACUGUUUAAGUGUAAGCAUGCAUUCAUCUCUUCAGCACAUUAUGCACUCUCUGCAUUGUGUUUGGUUCUGCCAACUUGGUUUGGAUUUAUCAAAACAUAUUCAAUUUUGUGUUUAUGUUGAUAUUUAAAGCUUCAACUUUUUGGAUUUUUUUUAUUGGAAAAUUUUUGAAGGAUUAAUUAGCUCGCUACAUAAAAUCCUCAUCCUCACCAACCUCAGUUGCUACUGAGUACAGAUUGUCACUAAUUGCUAGCAUACUGUGCUUCAUGCUGUAGUGUUACUUUAAAUGAAGGUAUUCUCAUUACUCUGUAAGGGUUGUUGUAUUUAAUUCUCAAAUAACAACUGUACAUGGUAUUAUAUUUCUGUUUUGUCCUAUAGAUUGUAGCACUUAAAUGUGUAAUUAUGUAUUUACAUUUUGCAUCACAAAUGCCUUUGAGUCUUUCCAGGCGGCUGCUGAUGUGAUUUUUGAUUUUAACCAUACUGUAUUUUUUUUUAUAACUUGUAAAUAUUAUUUUUAUUGAUUUCAGUUGUAAAUAAUUUGUCUUUUUCUACAUUUUAUCUUAGUUAAAGCCUAGAAGGGGCCACUGUAUAAUACUUACUGUAUGUGAACAGGACUAUAUUAUAAUUCUGUUGACAAAAGGAACAAAAGAACAGCCAUGCCUCAUUAAGGCAGUUAACAAAUUAUUCAGUUUUACUAACAUAAAGAAAAAGACUAAAUUCAAUCUACAUUUAAUAUGGUUCAGGAUUAAACAGAUUCUAAUGUUCCAGUUAGACACCCAGCCAAGUAACCCUUAGGUUAAAGCAUCAUUAAAAUAAUAAGCUGCAAUAUCAUUCAAAAGAUUAGAUUUUAGGGACACUAAAGAAACAAUACUAAAACGAAAAAAUAAUAUAACAUUUUGAAAAUGUUUCAUCCCCUUUCUUGUUUAGAAUUAGAUGCCAUGAGCGAUACUAUGGGUAUUACUAUAUAGAAUGUAAUAAAUGAGGCUACAAAGACUGGAACAAAACAAAUGUUGCCUCUGGUAAAACCUAAAAAUAAGUAGCUUCGUUGUUGCAGGAGGUUGUGCACCAUACUGCUUCAGCUAUUAUCUUUAGACAGAACUAGACCAGUCAAGCCAAGCUCCUUCAAUUUCUGUCACACAUUUAAAAACAAACUUUUUGUGUUUUCAAUUCAAUGUAGAUGCAUCAACCAAUAAAGGAAAUUCAAAGAGAGAAAUGUAAAACAAGCUAGCUGUUCCAGUUCAUGCUAAGCCACUGGAUCUUAGACUGGCAGCCAAGGUAUUCACCACAUACAGUGAACACAUUAAAAUGCAACAAAUACAAAGUGAAACAAUGUCACAUGAUAUACAAUACACCUGUACACAUACCUACAAAAGGAAAAAAAACAUCAGUGGCGGGAAAACGUCCACGUCUGCAUCUACACAUUCCUAUUGAUGGUUUUAAAUUUUACAUAAGCUGCAUGUAAUUUUGUUUAACUUUAGGCCUUUCUGCAAAUUGAACAAAAUUUAGUUGAAAUACUGUCUAGAAAAAUAAACAUUGCGAAUGCUAAUCUAGGGUACUUUUUUAUUGUUAUUGAUUAAACUUGUGAGCUAAGCUAGCUGCCUGCUAAGCUAAGUUAGCUGCCUGCUAGCUGUAAUAAGAUGAGAGUAUUUUGCCUUGGUAAAACAUUUAACUGAUUAUUUAAUUCAAAAGUACUCUUCCUAAAUUAGUACGUUUGAAAGUCAUUAAUCGAUUAUAUGUAAUUAUCAGUUAUAUAUAAUCGGUUAAUAAUCUGUUACAUUAACCACUAACUGAUAGUUGUACCAAUAUUCAUAAAUACUGUUACAUGUGUAUAUGUGAUAUACUAUUGCACUGCAUAUGUUAUAUAUCAUAAAGGCACAUCUUUCAAGGGGGUACUAGGCUGAUAGGGUGACUUAAGUCUCAUUUGUCUUGAAUGUCUUAAAAAUUUGCACCAGUUCUUUUGCUAAUCUGAGAGUUAAAGCUCUUUGCCUAAGACCUAACAAGUUUUCCUGACCAAUAACAAAAUGACUCACACGAAACUGUCAAUAUAAACUUUGCUCUGGUUAAUUAAGUAUUUUUCUUCUUGGAAACUGCAAGAACCAGAGCACCUGAAAAACUGUAGGGCCUCUUCUCUGCUUUGUUUUUAUGAUGCUUAAGGGGAUUAUUUUAGUUUAAUAGUUGUACUCAAUGAUAUCCACCGCAAUAGAAUGGCCUUCCUUGAAAGCUCUUUCUUCAUUAUACCAAAGGAUGGUAAACACAAUAAAAUGAAUGUGUGUCCUUCUAUCAGAAGCUACAAUUGAAUAUGGAUGUUUUUCCCUGAAUAAUAUUUGUUGAUUCCGAGGGCUAAAAGUAACCAUGAAAUGGGGUUGUGUGUAAAAGGCUUUCUUUUGACUGUAAAGCCCUGGUAAUGUAGCUCAUAGUGACUCAUAGCAGAACCAGGACUGAACUGUACACAUCUGAAAAUCACUGUUCCUUGUAUACGAAUACAUGUACUGCUCUAUACUUAAUGUGAAUUUGCUAAAAACAUACUGCAGACAAGCAGUAAAACCAAUAAUAAAGCUCUUAAAGGCACUCA